AAAGUGGGAAGGGUACACAGACACCACUUCCAUAUUCCCGCCAACUCAAAAACAUCGCGCCAAAAUGAUAAAUCAUCUCAAACCCUAAUUCUGCUUCAUCUUCUCAGACCAAACCUAGAUCAAAUUAAUUCUUAGGACAAAGAGAAAUGAAGGGUGGGACGGUUCAGAUUAACUGGCAUGAUCUCAAACCAGUCCUAACCCUUGAUUUUCACCCCAUUUCCGGUGCUCUUGCUACUGGCGGUGCCGACUUCGAAAUCAAGAUAUGGUUAAUAAAUUCAGCUGACGCAGAGAAGAAAGUGCCCACAGCUUCAUAUCAGUGCAGCCUUUCUCAUCAUAGUGCAGCUGUGAAUGUCCUUCGUUUCUCUCCAUCUGGAGAACAAAUUGCUUCUGGUGCAGAUGGUGGCGAGCUGUUGAUAUGGAAGCUGCAUCCUACAGAAACAGGUCAAACAUGGAAGCUUCUCAAGACAUUUUCUUUUCACCGCAAGGAUGUGCUGGACCUGCAGUGGUCUGCUGAUGGUGCAUUUCUUAUUUCUGGAUCAGUUGAUAAUUCUUGCCUCAUAUGGGAUGUGAAUAAAGGUUCUGUCCAUCAGAUUUUGGAUGCUCACUUUCAUUAUGUUCAAGGUGUUGCAUGGGAUCCGCUGUCCAAGUAUGUUGCUUCUCUUAGUUCAGAUAGAACUUGCAGAAUUUAUGUCAAUAAGCCUCAAACAAAAUCAAAAGGGACAGAGAAGAUACAUUAUGUUUGUCAGCAUGUAAUUUCAAAAGCAGAACAACAACUGGCAGAUGAUUGUAAGUCUACGAAAAACCAUCUCUUUCAUGAUGAGACUUUGCCAUCUUUCUUCCGAAGAUUAUCCUGGUCACCUGAUGGAUCAUUUUUGCUUGUGCCAGCAGGAUCUUACAAGAUUUCACCGUCAGUGGAAACAAUAAACACGGCUUAUAUUUUUUCUCGAAAAGACCUUACAAGACCAGCUCUACAGCUUCCUGGUGCCAGCAAACCUGUAAUAGCAGUUCGCUUCUGCCCCUUACGUUUUAGCCUCCGAGGAUCAAAUCCAUCUGGACUUUUUAAGCUCCCUUACCGUCUCGUUUUUGCGGUGGCCACUUUGAAUUCCUUGUAUGUUUACGACACAGAGAGUAGUCCUCCAAUUGCAGUACUGGCCGGUCUUCACUAUGCUGCUAUAACUGAUAUUGCUUGGUCAUCAGAUGCUCGUUAUUUAGCGCUGUCAUCUCAAGAUGGGUACUGCACCUUAGUAGAAUUUGAAAAUGAUGAACUAGGAUCGCCUAUCUUACCAGAACCAAACCAAAUCACAGACAAUAGCCAAAGUCCUAUUCAGAAGGCAGAAGGCAUGGCAAUUGAAGUAACACCAAAUGACAAUCCUGUUGCAGCGAACGACAUGACAAAAUCAGAAGUGGAAAAGAAUGAAGGGAAACAAACACCACCAGCCUCCUCAACUAGUAUUUCCAUUGUGAAUAAUAAGUCUGCCAAGAGGCGCAUUACUCCCAUGGCUAUUGACCCUUGAAUUAUAAAUUGCCAUCACCACCUCUGUAAUUUAGUCCCAUUUUACUGAUUUUAUUUCACCGUGUGCGGUUCAUUUUAUAAUCAAUCAUUUUUUGAGGAGGGGCUUUGUAUAAUAGUUGCUAAGCUAGAAUAUACAACCCUUUUACCAGAGAACUAGACUCUUGUGCUUUCAUUUCUUAUUUGACUUAUAGAUAGGUAAUUGUCCGGUGAGAGAGCUCGAGGGUAUAUAAAUAUAAAUUAAUUUCAAGGAUC